CGUUUAAUACUUCCAAUUCGUAAUAGAAAAAAAGGUGAACUUCUCCUCGAGUAUAUUAAAGAAUCUAAAGAUGGAAAUGUUGAAUGUAUUGAAUUAUGGGAUAUGGAUUUGGCGGAUUUACAUAGUGUAAAGAAUUUUGCUGAUAAGUUUAUUAAAGAGGUUGGAGAAUUACACUACUUAUGGAAUAAUGCUGGUACCUUUUGUACUGGAUUGGUGAGAACAAAAGACAAUUUUGAACAACAGUUCCAGGUUAAUCAUCUUUCUCACUUUCUUCUAACUUCCAUUCUACUUCCGACCAUAAAAAACUCGACAUCGAAGUCUCCGUGUAAAAUAAUUCACACAAGUUCAACAGCACAAAAACGUGGUAAAAUUGAUUUAGACAAUCUUAAUGGUGAAAAAUCUUGUGGCUUAUUGGAAUUAUAUUGUAACGCAAAGUUAUUGAAUGUUAUAUAUAGUAACGAACUUAACCGCCGCCUUAAAGGUUCAAACGUUACGUCCACAGCAUGCCAUCCAGGGUUUAUAUCAACAAACAUGAGUCCAAAUUCAAAUAUUAGUAAUUUUAUUAUGUUGUUCGCUAAAUCACCUGACAUUGGUGCAAUAAAUAUAAUGUACCCUGCAUUAGACCCGAACAUUGAUGAAGGUGGAAAGUAUUUUGAAGAUUGUAAAGAAAUAAAACCAAAUGAUCAGGCAUUAGACGAAGAUUUGACUAAAAAGUUUUGGGAAAAGAGUGAAGAAUUACUAAAUAAUUAUGACGCCAGUCUUUUAAAAUGA